GAAGAUUGAUUGUGGCUCCUGUGGUAUAGAGGAGUAGAAUUGCUUUUAUUGUGUAGUAGCCUUGAAAGUAGAUCAAGUUCAAAUCAACAUCGAUUGCCACCAUGAGUCAGAAGGAUUCGUUGUCGAAAUUGAAGAAUUUCUUUCGCAUGGAUAAAAAUUCUAGCGGGAGUAAUCGUGAAAAAACUGAUGCAGACUUGUUGCGUGAUCUGGAAGGUCUAAUACAACCACAACUCGCAGCUACACAACGAUGCAAAACACUCAAAGACCUAUCCGAAUCGGAUAAAAUAAGCCGAUUAGAAGAUACGACCAUCAUUCGGAUUUGGGAGUUGACCAAGGAUUUGAUAGCAUCAACACGACCUUGGGAACAGCGUCAUAUAACCUAUCGAUUUUAUCAGAAGUUGGUGCUGUGUCAAUUUGAAGACUUAUCAUUAACGCGUGUACACUUUUUUCGCGUGAUCCAAGAACAUGAUAUAGAGGAAGAUGUACAAUGUCAACUCGAUUUAUUGAAAACAAUAACCGACAAUGGGAAAAAUAUUAAAGAUAUCGACGAUAAAAUCGGAGAUUUUAUACUUAAUCGAUGGCUCGCCAAACUUCGCGACAUCAAACAAAUUCGAGAGAUUUUAAUUAUGGUACAUAAUAUCAUUGUUUAUAAUGCAGCUUAUUUAGAUCCCGAUAUUGUUAAUGGAAUUAUCACAUAUGCCUGUUUGAUGUGCUGUACAAACGACGAUAUUGUUUUGCAAUGUUUAGACGUUUUAGAUGCAAUUCUUUGUUACACCGUACUGCCAAACAAAAUGCUGCCAGAAUGGGUAAAUGCCCUGUGUCGAACCGUAAAUCGUGAAAUUUACGUUCAAAAAUCAUGGGACAUAAUGAAAAAAUUGCUUGGCACGAAAAUGGGACACGCAGCUCUGCUUUAUAUGUGUAAUUUAUUGAAUAAUUCAAAUUAUGUGAACGAUGACGCUCUACUACGUGGCGCUGUUUUUUAUAUUAAUAUGGGAUUGUGGGGAUCGACCUGUUCGAAUGCAAAUGAUCUAUUUAAGCAAUCACCAACUUCAGUUUUACAGAGUUUUUUAUGCGCACUUAAAAGUCAGCGAGUGUUUGUCACGUAUGAAGUAAUCAUCGGUAUUCAACGACUGAUCUAUGUGUCUGGACGUGAUUUGAGCGAACCCACUUGGGAUGUUUUGUGUGAAAUCUUAAUAACGAUAGCCGACAACAUUCGUUAUUACGAGAAUGAUGGUCUUUCGAAAGACAGUGUAAUUCAUAUUGCAUAUCACGAGGCGCUUGACAAAAUCGAGCAACUUCUUCAGCGAAAUGAAGCUGCCACCGAUUUGGAAACCAUUUACUCGGUCAUCGAAUAUGUGUGCGAAAGUCGAUCGGAAGACUCAAUCGUUAAUCUCAUGGAGUACAAGGCAACAAAAAUAACACCAACCCAAACACAAUGGUUGCAAGAACUGAACUCGUUCAUGAAUCGCUUUUUCAACAUGCACAACUUUAAAAUUCGAGAGAAAUCAUUGCAGGUGCUUAAGCGCAUCAUGGACAAUAACAAGUCCGCCUAUGAGGAAGAAAUGCUGGAGAGUAUUGUAAUUCCGACGUUUUCAAAUGUUGCAUAUGAGAGCGAUGCCAAAAUUCGAACAUGUGUCGGUGAAUUGCUGUUGAAAUUGGUUGCCCAAUGCGAUACAAAACGAAGCAUUGAAUUACUCGAUAUUGUGGAGAAAUUAUUGAAUCGGCCAUUCGAUCGAUUUAAUGAUGAUGGUCGAAUCGUUCUUAAGAAUGACGAUGAACUCGCCCAUAUUACCACGCUCAUUGACGAAUUGAUACGAGUAUUCUUAUCGAAACUGCACACGGUAUCCACGGCACAUGCCAUAAAAAUAUUUGCAAUGUUGAAUGCACACUUGGAAAAAUAUUAUCAAAAAUCAACCUUACUUGAGUCUUCAGUUCCUGUUCGGAGUAGCAUUUUUGCAUGGUUGCUACGAAUUCGGGCCAAUGCAAAUUAUUUCGUCGGAUACAUGGACGAUUUGAAGAGUAAUCGAAUGCGAUAUAGCCAUUUCUUGAGUAUCGAUGCAAACGAAUUGAAUUACCAUCAAAGUAAUCGACAACAACAAAAUCAACCGCCAGCACCCACACAACAAACGUCACAAGAUACCGAAAUCCAAGCACAAACAACCAUUUCGAUAAAGCGAAGUUGCAAAAUGUUUAUCGAUUGUUUGGUUAGUGAAAAUGAUUGGUCCGUGAUGCAGCUCGUUUUGAAGGGAUUACCAUUGAUGUUGCAAAAUAAGGCAUUGUUCCGUGGCGUUGAUAUGGAAGCAUUGGCCACCGCUAUUAUUGGUUUGGUGACAAAGUCGCAACAUUCAAAAGAUAAACCACGAAUCGAUACAUUUAUUCCUUCAACACACAAACCGCAGUUAUCCGAUUUUCAAGCAUUGGUAAUAAAUACCAUAGCCGCAUUGAUUCCGUAUCAUCAAAAUCUUGGCAGUCAAAUUCAGAAUCGAAUGAUUACAACGUUGCGACCGGGUCUACUAUCGCUAGAAACAAAUACACCACGUGUGUGUAUUCAGGCAUUUACCGUUAUGUUGAUGGAGAUUUUGGAAUUGAUGCUUCGUCAUUUGGCUGAGAUUCUGUUUGACAUGAGUAGAAUGUCGACGACGUUGAAUGUUGCCGUUCCCGUUUUGGAAUUUUUGUCAACUCUGAGUCGUUUACCGGCUCGUUUGUUUGCCAACUUUACAAACACUCAAUACAUGUAUGUGUUUGCGAUUUCAUUGCCAUACACAAAUCCCCACAAAUACGAUCAUUAUACGGUGUCAUUGGCACAUCAUGUAAUCGCCGGCUGGUUUUUAAAGUGUAAAUUAUCAUGGCGAAAGGAUUUUGUGCAGUACAUUUUAAAAGGUUUAACAACAAAUGUACAAAAACCAUUCGAAGAGAUGAAACGUAACGAUCAUGCGCCGGUCAAUGAAGAUUCGUCAAAUCGAAAACGAAGCUCCAGUUUAACUGAGCGUGGUGCAAAGCAUCGUGAACGGCCGGCAAUUCAAAAUUUACACAUCAAAAGUGACGAGGCAGCCGAUGAAGUGGCAUACAAUUUUCACAUGGAAUUGGCCGAUACUUGCAUCGAUUUUUUGUCACGUCAUACCUAUUCAACGUGUUCAGCAUUGCCGAAGCGUUCAUCGACCGCCGAAUAUCUUUUAACAAAUGGUCAUUCGAUGUCAUGGCUAGUGGGUAAUAAUGUGGUUACGAUCACAACCAGUGGAUGCUCAUCAACAGCUGGACCAAAUGGCCUAUGUGAUCGUUGUGGCUUUAUAUGCAAAACCUCUAAAUUGACUGAACAAAGUUCAUCGAAUGGUGCAACAUCGCCCGAAGUGAGUUCAUUGAAAUCGAGUGGAAGUGAGAUAUGUCGUCGAUAUACAAAAGCCACUCUACAACAUAAUAGCGGUGAAGUGUCAGAGAGUAGUGAAUUUUCAAAUUCAUCAUCGAUAACAACACCGUUUGGCAUGAAUACAGACACCGGUAGAUUUUUCAAGGGUUCAUCGAACGAAGGCCGUUUCAAUUCAUCGGGCAGUUUAGAUGCGUUGUCACGACGUGGCAGUAAUCCGGAUACUCUAAAUCAUUCAUCAGAAACGGUUAGCAAACACGGUUCGAUUGGCAGCCAUCCGAUGUAUUUGUCACCACAACAAAGCAUCGAACGUAUCAAACAAGUGUGUAUUUGUGCGUGUUCGGGAUGGGCGGAAAUCGUUAUACGACGACCAACUGGAAAUAUGUCAUGGAUUAUGAAAAUACAAAAUCACAUUGCAUUGGAUUCACUAUCGUGCGAUGUUCCACUUCAAGACUUGAUCAAUAUGUGCACACCAUCGUUGGGCGAAAUCUAUAAUAUUCCCGAUUUUAUGAAUCAAGAACAACUGUGGAGCAGCAAUGUGAAUAUAGCAAAUGAACAAACAUCAUCAAAUGAAGUGGCCAAAAGAAACUAUUAUAAGGUCACAAUUGAGUCGAACACUUCCAGACCGAAUGAAAUGAUCGAAAAGAAAUCGGAUACAGUACAAAAUGCUGCGAAUAUUACACAAAAGACAGAAAAUUUGACUGCAAAUUCUGCAAUUUCAAAUGUGGAGACAAAUACGACAGUGUCACAUCCAUUGAGUGGCCCAAUAAAUAUACCGAAAUCGGCGAAUGCCGAGAAAAUUCCAUCGGGCAGUUUUAGCGAUGUAGAACCAGACGACGAUGAUGGCAGUGGCGUGGUAUUUGAUGAGAAUGACGCCAAAUCAAGAAAUCCAGUUCGUCGUGUAAAUUCAAGCCCGGAAAUGAGUUCGAAUUGGCGACAUCCGUUCAUUGGACAAAAACCGAAUCAACCACAAUCGGCUGGUAUUAAUUUAUCGGCACAUGGCAGUGCCGAUGAUGAUUUUUGUAUUACGGACAAUGAACAACAACAGAAAAAGAAGAACUUGCGACCAAGCUGUGAAGCAAUCCCUGAAGAGAUUGGUGAUGCAACACCACCGAAAACCAGUCAAAUGGAUCAACAGAAAUCAACAAAAGUUGAUGGUACCGUUUCAGUAGUUGCAAGUGGAAUGGCAAAGAAUCAGCACAAAGAUUUCAUUGCAAAAUCAAGUUCCACUCAAAAUACUUCGACUUCAUCGUCAUCGUCGACAUCAUCGUCAACUACAAAAAUUGGGCCAAAUUCGUCGGUCGACAAUUUGUUACCGUCAAAUCCAAAUGCAGCACCACGUAAACAGCAUUCAGCCGAUGAUGCUGAACAAUCUCAAUCGCGACAACAACAACCACCGAUGAAUGAACCAAGACACAGUUCAUCUGGAUCGUCAAUCAAUCUUGGCGGAUCAUCGUCCAAAUUCAAGCUAAACAUUGAUAUGCCAAAUUUGGCCACGAAACCACCACAAUCACAUGCUCCUUUAUCGCCACGCUUGCUGCGUAACAAUCUUGAAAUGUCACACUUGAAUAGUUCGAAUAAUUUCAAUGAUUUCCAAAGGGGACGAUCGAAAACCAUAUCAGUUGUACGCGGCGAACGUGACAAUCGUGAUAAUUCAAAAUGGACAUUCAAAAGCACUCGAUCAGUGCUCAGUCCGAAUUCAAUAUUUCUACAAUUCUUUUAUACCGGUCCAAAUCGAGUGACCGAACAGCCACUAUUGAUCAGUCAACAAAAUUGCAAAACAAUCGACAUGAUCAACUAUAUUCCACCUUUUGAAACGCACAAAAUCGGUGUAUUAUACAUAGGCCCCAAUCAAACACACAACGAAAUCGAAAUCUUGAGUAAUCGCUAUGGUAGUUUACGUUAUAUGGAUUUCAUUCAGAAUUUAGGUGCUUUGGUAUCGCUGAAAAAUGCAAAAGAAUUGAACUUAUUCAUCGACAUGGAGACUGAUGGCAGAGACGGUAACUUCACAUACAUUUGGCAAGAUGAUAUCAUACAGGUGACAUUUCAUGUUGCCACGCUGAUGCCAAACAAAGAAGACGAUCCAAAUCGAACCGAGAAAAAGAAAAAUAUUGGCAACGACUAUGUGUCGAUUGUUUACAAUGAAAGUGGCGAAGAAUAUAAUCUGAGCACGAUCAAAGGUCAAUUUAAUUAUGCGUGUGUUGUUAUUGAACCGCUUGAAUUGAACAGCAAUCGAAUAUUUGUACGAUGCAAGGACGAUGUGGCCAAAUUCAUUUGCCAUACCGAACCGAAGAUUAUAUCCGAUGCAAGUGCGGCUGGUUAUGCUAGACAAUUGGCACUUCAUGCUAAUUUGGCAUCAUUGGUAGCAAAAUCAUUACAAACAAAGAACGGAAGACCGUAUGCAUCGAACUGGCUGGAGAGAUUGCGUCGGAUCAAGCAUCUUAGGGCAAAAAUACAAAAAGAGAAUGGAGGAACGUCAGCAUCAAGUUCAAAUCAAACGGCUAACAACAGUGCAAAGAACGAGAGAGAAACAGAAGAUUUCACUCAAUAUACGUAAAACUUCGAUGGUUCAAAUGCAAAUCUAUAAUAUUUUUUUUAUAUAGUUUUUAAUCUAAAAUCAUUUAUAAAAAAAUACAAAUAUUAUCGUCACCAACCAUAUUUA